CAAAAUGGAGACCGCGGUGGAGAAGCUGGAGGCGAAGUUUCUGAAGUCGGACGCGGACUUGAAAUACAUUGAGAAGCGUCUGAAGUUGGAUUUCAUCAACAGCACCGUCGAAAAUCGAUCCACUUCUAAGGCCAACCCUGUGCUGAUGUUGGACAAGCUGAAGGUUAUGAAAGCCAAACACUCAUCGCUGUGCUCUAAGGUGAAAGAGAUUUCGGCUGCCCAAAAAGAGUCCAUGAACUUCAUCACCAUCAACUUCAAUCACGCCACAGAGGUGGUCCAAAACCUACAAAAGACAGCGGAUGUUCAGAUUGAACCACUGACCAAAUCAGAACAGGAGUCUGCAGCAAUACUGAAUUCAGCUUCCGGUCAAAUGAAAGCAGAGGUAAUGCGGAUGUCUUCCACAAAGAAUUGGGAAACUUUUGACACCUGAACUGCCAGAGCUUCAAUAAAAGGACAUGACAUGAAAAAUGGAGGAAAAUUUGGAUUUCUCUAUGUCAGGGUCAGAAAUGAGAGCUGACCAAGUUCCAUAUAAGCACAAUGAAAUCAAAGUGUUCAAAACAAUAA